ACAAUCAUUAUUAUUUAGUUUAUUGUGUUUGCGAAAGUUUAGUAGCCAUUUGGCAGUCGAUCAAAAAGGAUUCAAGUGUUUUUAUUAGUUGACUAAAAACAUUAAACAUGACAACUUCAUCAAAUACUUCAGAUUCGAAAUCAAAUUCCGCAAAAACUACAACAACAACAGCAGAGCCGAAAGUCGAAAUGAAACGUUCGAAAUCAUUUACGAUUGAUAAUAUUUUACAAAAUGAUGAAAAACAAACGCAGCAUAAUAAUCAUUUCUCCACAUUAUCAUCAUCAUCAUCAUCAUCAUCAUCAUCAUAUCCGAUUUGGUUGAUGGCAAAUUGGAUGGCCAUGUCAUCAAAUAACAACUCAUAUGCUUCGUUGAGGAUACCAACAACAUCGACUUUUCCAACUGGUAAUACCUUUGAAUCGACAAAUCAACGAAUUAUUUUCGAUGUGUUAAGUCACAAUGGUGGAGGUUUAGUUGCAUCGAAACUUAGCCAAAAUCAACCAUGUACAUCUGAUGAUGAACAUAGAAGAAAAGAAUUGUAUUCAAACAACAUAUUGAAAGAUAAAUCAUUUAUGUCUGAUUCAAUUGAUCAUCAACAAAUCAAUCAUCAUACACAUACAUCCGAAUCAUUAAAAUCACUACUACCAAAUUCAUAUUUUCAUUGUCGUAAUGGUUAUUAUAAGCGGAAACGUAGACAUCGUACAAUAUUUACCGAAGAACAGCUAGAAUUGUUGGAAGCAGCAUUUCUUAAGACACAUUAUCCGGAUGUUCUUAUACGUGAACAAUUGGCUGCUCGUGUUGAUUUACGUGAAGAACGAAUCGAAGUUUGGUUCAAAAAUCGUCGAGCAAAAUGGCGUAAACAGCAACAACGGCUAGGAGGGUCAUCUAUUGAUAUCAUAACGAAUGAUUAGAGCAUGUCCGUUUCGAAUAAAACUGAAAUUUUUUUUUGUGUUUGCUUAUUAUUGUGA